AUGGAUGCAUUACAAGAUGAAUACAAGAAAUCAUCCACCAUCAAUAGUAAAAAUGAUGGCGAUAUGGCAUUCUUAUUUAAACAUAAAGAACUUGAAAUAUCAAUUUGUUUAAAUGGCACAAAAGAUGAAAUUUAUCAAUAUCACCUUGGAGGUUUUCCUUAUCUUCUUGAUCCUACAGUAACCGACGAUGAUCCUACAAAUGGAAAAUUAGAUCAAUCAUCUUUUGUAAAUCUUGUAACAACCAAUCAAAAUACAAACGAAUUAUCUUUAAAACUCAUUGAAUCAGCAAUUGAUACAUCAUGGUUUCAAAAAUAUCAACUAGAAAAUGAAAGUAUCAUUGAAGACGAUAAUCAAAAUGUAAGAAUCUUGUCGUAA